GCACGCCCAUCAUUACGACGGCUGAGAGGGGAUAAGGGCAUGGGUUCCCCGCUCCGCGGCUCCCCGUUAUAUAUCCCGCACUUCUUCCUAUCUCUGCAGACGCCACACGUGAUUGGAGGAGAGCGGCUCGACUCUCAGAUUCUGAAAUGGCGUAUGAACUCGAUGAGGUACUGGAAGAGUUAGGACGUUUCGGAAAAUACCAAGCCUUUACCUUCAUAUACAUAACUGUACCGAUCAUAUUUCACGUAAUUACUGGACUAAGUUUCAUCUUCACGGCUGGAACCGUCGAGCAUAGAUGUCACGUUCCGGGGUGCGAGGCGGACUGGUCCAGCGGGGGGCUGGAGCUGGAGCCGCGCUGGCUGCGGUACGCCGUGCCCCACGAGACGCGCGCGGGCGCCCUGCGACCGACUCGCUGCCUCGCCUACGCCCGGGCCAACGACAACGACACCGACACCGACACCGCAGCGCCCGACGGAGAGUGCCCGGCCUCCCUCUUCUCCAAUGACACACUGCGCUGCGAGCACUGGGUCUUCGAGAACCCUCGCGCCACCAUCGCCGGAGAGUGGGACAUCACGUGUGAUGAAAACCAAUGGAAGUUGACGCUAGUGGGUACCGUCAACAGUGUUGGAUACUUUGUAACAACGCCCAUCGCUGGAUAUGCUUCAGACAGAUUUGGGCGGAAGACGGUGCUUCUGUACGCUGUGGGCCUGUCCGCCUUAGUGGGCAUCGCACGCUCCUUCUCGCCCAACUACAUCGUCUUCAUCAUCAUGGAAUUCGUUGACAUGGUCUGUGGAGGCAGCGUCUACGAGACUGCCUAUGUUCUAGGCAUGGAACAAGUGGGCCCCAGCGCGCGGGUGCUGGCCAGCGCUAUCAUGGGUGCUGUUGACGUCAUUGGUGAAAUCCUCCUCGGGUUCCUUGCUUGGCUGCUACAAGACUGGAGGAUGCUGCUGCGCAUUGCUUACCUGCCAGGUUUCAUCAUGGUCUCCUGUUACUGGUGGAUCCUGCCAGAGUCAGUACGUUGGUUGAUGGUGAAUGGAAGAGCAAGUGAUGCAAAUGUCAUAAUUCAAAAAGCAGCAAAGCAGAAUGGUGUGGACCUAUCAGAGAAGGCCAUCAAGAGGAUGCAAUUAGCGCAGAAAACAGCACCAGUCCACGAUGACAUCCAUGGAACAGAUAGCACUGAUGACAGCUGCAAAACUGGAAAAGUAGAUGCUAUUGUGCAAGUGAUGCACUCCUCCACACUUAUGGUGCGCUUGUUUGUCUGCUGUUUCUGCUGGGGUACCAACAUGUUUGUGUUCUAUGGACUGUCACUGUAUUCAGUGGCAAUGGCAGGCAACAAGUAUCUCAACUUUAUGUUGGUGAGCUUGAUUGAAUUGCCAGGCUGUCUAGCUGCAUACUAUGCACUGGAGCGUAUGGGUCGACGUGUCACACUCAGCACAUCUUUCCUGCUUGCAGCUGUUGCUUGCCUUGCCUUCACAGUCGUUCCUCCAGAUAUGCAGACUGUCCGUAUAUUGUUGUACCUUGUUGGCAAGUUUGGCAUAACCAUCUCAUACAGUGCAAUCCACGUGUAUGCAACUGAACUCUUUCCAACUCAAAUACGUCAUCUCAUGAUAGGAACCUGCACCAUGGUCGGAGGAGCAGGAGAAAUGGCAGCACCCCAAGCUCCACUCUUGGUGGCAUAUGCAGAAUGGCUACCAGUGGCUGUUUUUGGAGCAAUGGCACUAGCAUCAGGCCUUCUAGCACUUAUUUUCCCGGAAACAAAAAAUACACGUCUACCAGAUACUAUUCAUGAAGCUGAAGAUAUUGGACGUUCUGAACCAAACACAGUGGUUUAGUGCAUUUGGUUACUUUGCUACAUGUACACUCACUUCAUAAUAAAGAAAUUAACAUUU